GUUGAAGCAUGGAGGAGGAUUUGUAAUGGUGUGGGGAUGCUUUGCUGGUGACACUGUCAGUGAUUUAUUUAGAAUUCAAGGCACACUUAACCAGCAUGGCUACCACAUCAUCCAUCUGGUUUGCCCUUAGAACAACCAUAAUUUGUUUUUCAACAGGAUAAUGACCCAACACACCUCCAGGCUGUGUAAGAGCUAUUUUAACCAAUUUUCAGUUUUCUACAAUAUUGAACACAGCAUGACAUGCAGAGAAUUCAGAGGUUGUAAUUGAAGGGAUAUAUACAGCUCAUGUUCUUCAAAAUAGGCUACAAACACACACACACACAGACACACGCACACACACACACACACAGCAUUAUCACCACUUACAUUUUUUUUAAAAUUCCUGAACCACCACCUUGUGGUUGGUUGUUGAAGCUGCAGAUAACGGACAGUCUACUGCAGAUACAAUUAUCUAUCCAUUAAUCAUAUCAAAUAUUUCAGGUUAUCCCAGACACCUAGAUGCUACUGAGCUGACCGUGGAUUUACAUGUCUACUCAUGCCUCCUGCACAUGUAUAGAUUUAUGUCCCUAAAAUAUCCUAUCCCUCUGCUUUUUUUUUAUUGCGUGAAUAAAUGUUUCUUAUGUUUUGCAUUAUGAAUGUCUGGUAGGCUAUGAGCUUCUCUAAGUGAACAAAACAUCAUUAUAGUGAAUAAAUAGAACAUUGAUCAAUAAUCAUCAUUACAAUACAAUUUAUAAUCUACAACCACUGAUUGAGCAACAUGCGUAGACAUUGUCUGUUGAGCAAUAAUCUUUGCUGUCUCAACUGGAAGCGCUAAAAUAAUUAUUUUGCUCAUGGUUACAAGACACGUGUUAAAUUGUACAUGGAAGACAUUUAUUGGCAGGAAAUGUGCUGUAGAUAGUGAAAUGUCCUGCUGCUAUUGGCUGAGGUUUGUGCGUGGUGUCCUGUGAUUGGUCCGUUAUGGGGUGGGGUGGGGGGUAUUAAAUGGAGCGCUGUUGGUGGGAGUGCGAGUUUGUUAUUCUUCCUUUUCAAGGCAUUGUUGAUUGUGUUGAUCACAGCUUGUCUGAAGAGCUGGGCUUCAUUCAAUCAUAUUUCACAAAAUGAAGCGGAUCUGGUUGAUUGGGCUGCUUUGUGCACAUUUAGCUUUCGCAUCUGUGAGAGCAGAAGAUGGACUUGACAUUGAUGGGACUGUGGAAGAUGAUCUGGGAAAAAGCAGAGAUGGUUCCAAAACAGAUGAUGAGGUGGUGCAGAGGGAGGAGGAGUCUAUCCAGCUGGACGGGCUGAACGCAGCUCAGAUAAAAGAGAUCAGAGAGAAAUCUGAGAAGCAUGUCUUCCAGGCAGAGGUCAACCGCAUGAUGAAGCUUAUCAUCAACUCACUCUACAAGAACAAGGAGAUCUUCUUGAGAGAGUUGAUAUCCAACGCCUCUGAUGCUCUGGAUAAGAUCAGAAUGAUGUCUCUGACCAACGAGGAUGCACUGGCAGCCAAUGAGGAGCUCACCAUCAAGAUCAAGAUGGACAAAGAGAAGAACAUGCUCCACAUCACUGACACGGGCAUCGGCAUGACCAAAGAGGACUUGGUCAAGAACCUGGGUACCAUCGCCAAGUCGGGCACCAGCGAGUUCCUCAACAAGAUGACGGAGAUUGAAACCGAGGGCCAGUCCACCUCUGAGCUUAUUGGCCAGUUCGGCGUGGGCUUUUACUCUACCUUCUUGGUUGCCGACAAGGUGAUCGUGUCUUCAAAGCACAACAACGGCACACAGCACAUCUGGGAGUCUGACUCCAAUGAGUUUUCUGUCAUUGAGGACCCUCGCGGGGAUACGCUCGGCAGGGGCACCACCAUCACGUUGGUGAUGAAGGAGGAGGCUACAGACUACCUGGAGCUGGAAACCAUCAAGAACCUGGUCAAGAAAUACUCACAGUUCAUCAACUUCCCCAUCUACAUCUGGGCCAGCAAGACAGAGACUGUUGAGGAGCCCAUCGAGGACACCGAUGUGGAGAAAGAUGACACUGAGGAUGAGGUAGAGGUGGAGGAAGAGGAGGACAAGCCCAAGAAGGUUGAGAAGACCGUGUGGGACUGGGAGCUGAUGAACGACGUCAAGCCUAUCUGGACGAGACCAGCCAAAGAAGUAGAGGAGGAUGAGUACAAAGCCUUCUACAAGACUUUCUCUAAGGACACAGAUGAGCCCCUCUCCCACAUCCACUUCACAGCUGAGGGUGAGGUCACCUUCAAGUCCAUCCUGUUUGUCCCCGUUGCUGCCCCCAGGGGCAUGUUCGACGAGUAUGGAACCAAGAAGAACGACUUCAUCAAGCUCUUUGUCCGUAGAGUCUUCAUCACUGAUGAUUUCAAUGACAUGAUGCCCAAAUACCUGAACUUUGUCAGGGGAGUGGUGGACUCUGAUGAUCUGCCACUGAAUGUGUCAAGAGAAACCCUGCAGCAGCACAAGUUGCUCAAGGUCAUCCGUAAGAAGCUGGUGCGUAAGACCCUGGACAUGAUAAAGAAGAUUGCAGAGGAGCAGUACAAUGAGAAGUUCUGGAAGGAGUUUGGCACCAACAUUAAACUGGGUGUGAUCGAGGACCACUCCAACAGGACUCGUCUGGCCAAACUGCUGCGUUUCCAGACCUCCAACAGCGACACGGUGCUGGCCAGCCUGGAGCAGUACGUAGAGAGGAUGAAGGACAAGCAGGACAAGAUCUACUUCAUGGCCGGAACCAGCCGCAAGGAGGCUGAGUCUUCUCCCUUUGUAGAGAGUCUGUUGAAGAAGGGUUAUGAGGUAAUCUACCUGACCGAGCCAGUAGAUGAGUACUGUGUCCAGGCCUUGCCAGAGUUCGACGGUAAGCGCUUCCAGAAUGUGGCCAAGGAGGGCAUUAAGUUUGACGAGAGCGACAAGGCCAAGGAGACCAGGGAGGUCCUGGAGAAGGAGUACGAACCCCUCACCACCUGGAUGAAGGACAGCGCCCUCAAGGACAAGAUUGAGAAGGCCAUCCUGUCCCAGAGGCUGACCAAGUCUCCCUGUGCCCUGGUAGCCAGCCAGUACGGCUGGUCUGGUAACAUGGAGAGGAUCAUGAAGGCACAGGCCUACCAGACAGGAAAAGACAUCUCCACAAAUUAUUAUGCAAGCCAGAAGAAAACAUUAGAAAUCAACCCAAAGCACCCUCUCAUCAAGGAAAUGCUGAAACGCAUUUCUACUGAUGCCGAGGACCAGACUGCCUCAGACCUGGCCAUGGUGUUGUUUGAGACGGCCACGCUGCGUUCAGGCUACCAGCUUCAAGACACCAAGGCCUAUGGAGACAGGAUUGAACGCAUGCUGCGGCUCAGUAUGAACGUAGAUCUCAACGAACAGGUUGAGGAGCCAGAGGAGGAGCCUGAAGAGGCGGCAGAGGCUGAGGAAGAAGAGGAAAUUCAAGAUGAGGAUGAAGUGGUAACAGAUAAAGAUGAAUUAUAAAGCAUUAAAUGAGUGUGGGUGUCAUGAUGGACGUAUCCUGGAGCUGAGCCACAACCAAGACUACCCAUGGCCAACCAAGUCCUAGCCUUGAAAUUCAGACCGAAUUUAGCUUCAUUCUGUACAUUUCACUCCAUUAUCUAUGAAUUAGUCAUUACGACAGUGAAACUGUGAUUCAGUCUGGAUAGCCAAGACCACCACCAGCUGGCCCAGAACACCAAUGGUCAGUAAAGACUAGCCAGGUCCCAGAUCGGUUUGUGUGGUCUUGCCCAACAGAUCAGGCUAAGUCAAGACAUUGAUGGCCAUUGGCCACCUUUCACUCACUCGGGAAGGUCCUGAUCUGAUUUUUUAUAAGGGUUUUGUUUUGUUACAUUCCUCAUGAUUGUAAAUUUGUUAAUAUUUCACUGAGCUGUCUUUGGAAAAGAUGAAAGAUGUGAUCGAUACUGUCACUUGAUCCCAUUAAAUAAAUAUUUAUUGGGAAAA